AUCGGUAUAACAAGCCGGCGAAACAACACACAAGUAAAUUGUGUCCUCAACUACAAACACAGGGACUCAUCAGUUACGACCAAGGGAUAUAUACGUCACAUUCCAGAAUCACAUCACACUAAGUACACUGCAAUGUUCAUCUUGUGUAAUUUGACUGGGACUGAAGAACCUGAUAAAGUUUCUAUUGUAGAGACAAAUUCUGCACGGCACGUUCGUAAUAUUCUUCCUGUAGUAAAAAUCACACAACAACCCACAAUGCACAUGUUCAGCGCAUGCGUAUCUCCGAUGCAUUCUAAUUUUAGUGAUACCGCGCAGCUUACAGAAUGGGUAGAAUUAAACCGAAUGCUUGGGAUUAAGAAGUUCACAUUCUAUAUAAAUAGUGUUUCGAAAAAUGUACGGAAUAUACUGGAAUAUUAUGAACACAAAGGCUUAGCGGUAUUGUUGCCAUGGACGCUCCCAAAGAAACUAGCUGACCUAUCACACAAACGGCUACAUUACUACGGACAGCUUGCUGCGCUAAAUGAUUGUUUGUAUAGAUCUAAAGGCAGGAGUCUAUAUCUAUCAUCGACUGACUUGGAUGAAUUCAUAAUUCCACAGAAGCCGACCCAGAUAACUUGGUCUGAUAUGUUGUCCAGGCUUCCGUCAAAGAGUGUAUACAUAAUCCGGUGUUCGUUUUUCAGCCAAAAACGAAGCUGCUCGAGAAAGAUAAAGUGCAGAGAAAGAUUAACAAUAGAUUCUCAUAAGGUACGAGAUAAUAUCGUUUUAGGGUCACAUAAAAGAUCAAAAUAUAUUGCUAAAACUAGUGAACUUAUUACAAUGGGUAUUCAUUUCAUCUGGGAACUUCACACCGGAAGUGAAUACACGGUGAAUCCGAAAAUUGCGUUAUUGCAUCAUUACAGAAAAGACGAUAAACGAUAUACUAGUGUAAAAAACGCAUACAGAAAGAUACCGCACAAGACUGCCGGCAAAUACAGUACUAGUCUACACAAAAGAUUAAAAAACAUUACUAAUGAAUUUGACAAAGUUUCUAAUAUUUCUGUUCAUAAGUGAUAUUUUUUGUACAUGCUGUUAAUGAAGA